AUUGAAGGAAAAAAAAAAAGGCUUUUCCAUUCUUACACAUCUGUAACUAAAGCAGCCUGUUUUCAAUGCAGCGUAUCCUCUCACUGACAGAAAAGACUUGGCUUGGAGCACCAAUUCAAUUUAUCUGGCAAAAAACAUCAGGAAAUUACCUUGCAAUAUCAGGAGCUGAUCAUGCUGUGAAAAUCUUUGAUCGCCAUGGUAAAAAAAGAAGUGAAAUUAACUUGCCUGGUAACUGUGUUGCUAUGGAUUGGGAUAAGGAUGGAGAUAUCCUAGCAGUGAUUGCUGAGAAAUCUAGUUGCAUUUAUCUAUGGGAUGCCAACACAAAUAAAACCAGCCAGCUGGACAGUGGCAUGAGGGAUCAAAUGUCUUUUCUUAUUUGGUCAAAAGUUGGAAGUUUGCUGGCUGUUGGGACUGUUAAAGGAAAUUUGCUUAUUUAUAAUCGUCAGACAUCACGAAAGAUUCCUGUCCUCGGAAAACAUACUAAGAGAAUCACAUGUGGAUGUUGGAAUGCAGAAAAUCUGCUGGCUUUAGGUGGUGAAGAUAAAAUGGUCACAGUCAGUAACCAGGAAGGUGACACUAUCAGACAGACAUCAGUGAGGUCGGAACCCAGCGACCUGCAGUUCUUUAUGACAAAGACUGAGGACCGACCCUCCGCUGCCGAUAGCAUAAUAAGUGUUGUGAUUGGCAAGAAAGCUUUGUUUCUUCUUAAUCUGAGCGACCCAGAAAACCCAGUGGACCUGGAGUUUCAGCAGGGCUACGGCAGCAUCGUCGGCUACACUUGGUGUGGUGAUGGCUAUCUCAUGGUUGGCUUUUCCCGUGGGAUGAUUGUGGUCGUUUCUGUUCACUCGCAAGAAAUUGGAGAGGAGACAUUUCAGACUCGAGACCACAGAGACAGCCUAACCGGGGUCGCGGUGUCACUGGCCCUUAACAAGGUGGCGACAUGUGGUGAUCAAUGCAUUAAAAUCCAUGAAUUGUCAGAAUUAAAAGACAUUUAUGCCAUAAUCAACCUGGAUGAUGAAAAUAAAGGGUUGGGCUCCUUGUCCUGGACAGAUGAUGGCCAGCUGCUGGCCUUGUCCACCCCGAGGGGCUCUCUGCAUAUUUUCCUGACCAAGCUCCCCAUCCUGGGGGAUGCCUGUGGCACCAGGACUGCAUACCUCACCUCCCUUCUUGAGGUCACCGUAGCCAACACCAUUGAAGAAGAGCUACCAAUCUCAGUGUCUGUGGAUGUGGAACCCAACUUCAUAGCUGUGGGACUCUAUCAUCUGGCUGUGGGCAUGAAUAACCGAGCUUGGUUCUAUGUCCUUGGAGAGAAUGCUGUUAGAAAAUUGAAAGAUGUGGAGUAUCUGGGGACAGUAGCCAGCGUUUGCCUUCAUUCUGAUUAUGCUGCCGCGCUUUUUGAAGGCAAAGUCCAGUUACAUCUGACUGGUAUUAUUCAGUACUUCUACAUUGAAGACUGGCAAUUUGUUAAUGAUUAUCGACAUCCUGUUGGUGUGAAAAAGAUUUUUCCUGACCCUAAUGGGACUAGAUUAGUUUUCAUUGAUGAAAAAAGUGAUGGAUUUGUCUACUGUCCAGUUAAUGAUGCUACCUUUGAGAUUCCAGAUUUUUCACCAACCAUUAAAGGUGUUCUUUGGGAAAACUGGCCAAUGGAUAAAGGUGUAUUUAUUGCUUAUGAUGACGACAAGGUAUAUACUUAUGUCUUUCACAAGGACACCAUCCAAGGAUCCAAGGUCAUCUUGGCUGGUAGCACCAAAGUCCCCUUCUGUCAUAAGCCUUUGCUGUUAUAUAAUGGAGAGCUGAACUGCCAGACUCAGAGUGGAAGAAUAAACACCUUCUACCUGAGCACCCACAGCUUCCUCGACAACUUAAAAGAUGUUUUAAAAGAUGCGGGGCCUGAUGAGCUGAAACAAAUGCUGACACAAAUUUUAAUGCUAAAAAGGUUUCCUGACGCUUGGGAAAUGUGCAAGAUUCUGGACGAUCACGCUGCCUGGAAUGAGCUGGGGAGAGCGUGUCUCCACCACAUGGAAGUGGAGUUUGCCAUCCGCGUUUACCGGGCAGUUGGAAAUGUUGGCAUGGUGAUGUCCUUGGAACAGAUCAAGGGCAUAGAGGACUACAAUCUCCUGGCCGGACACCUCGCCAUGUUUACUAACGACUUCAACCUAGCUCAGGAACUCUACCUUGCAUCCAGCUGCCCCGUGGCUGCCCUAGAGAUGAGGAGGGAUUUACUGCAUUGGGACAGCGCCCUACAGCUGGCAAAGCGUUUAGCUCCAGACCAGAUACCAUUUAUAUCAAAAGAAUAUGCUAUUCAGCUUGAAUUCAUGGGUGAUUAUGUAAAUGCUUUGGCUCAUUAUGAGAAAGGAAUUACAGGUGAUAAUAAGGAGCACGAUGAAGUGUGUCUGGCUGGACUGGCCCAGAUGUCCAUACGGAUGGGAGACAUCCGCCGAGGGGUCAGCCAGGCCCUCAAGCACCCCAGCAGGGUCCUCAAGAGGGACUGUGGCGCCAUCCUGGAGAGCAUGAAGCAAUUUUCAGAAGCAGCCCAACUCUAUGAAAAAGGCCUCUACUAUGACAAGGCAGCGUCUGUUUACAUCCGCUGUAAGAACUGGGCAAAAGUUGGCGAGCUCCUGCCGCAUGUCUCUUCUCCAAAGAUUCACCUGCAGUAUGCCAAAGCUAAAGAGGCGGACGGGAGGUACAAAGAAGCUAUUGUGGCUUACGAAAAUGCCAAACAAUGGAACAGCGUGAUCCGCAUCUACCUGGAUCACCUCAAUAAUCCAGAGAAGGCCGUCAGUAUUGUGAGAGAGACCCAGUCCCUGGAGGGAGCCAAAAUGGUAGCCAGGUUUUUCCUACAGUUGGGUGACUACGGGUCUGCCAUCCAGUUUCUGGUUAUGUCCAAAUGUAAUAAUGAAGCUUUUACCCUGGCUCAGCAGCACAACAAGAUGGAGAUCUAUGCGGACAUUAUUGGUUCUGAAGACACUACUACUGAGGACUACCAAAGCAUUGCCUUGUAUUUUGAAGGAGAAAAAAGACAUCUUCAGGCUGGAAAAUUCUUCCUGCUGUGUGGCCAGUAUUCACGGGCACUCAAACACUUCCUGAAGUGUCCAAACUCAGAAGACAAUGUGGCAAUAGAAAUGGCAAUUGAAACUGUCGGCCAGGCGAAAGAUGAGCUGCUGACCAGUCAGCUGAUAGACCACCUCAUGGGCGAGAGCGACGGUGUGCCGAAGGACGCCAAGUACCUGUUCCGCCUGUACAUGGCCCUGAAGCAGCACCAGGACGCCGCGCGCACGGCCAUCGUCAUCGCCAGGGAAGAGCAGUGUGCAGGGAACUACCGGAACGCACACGAUGUCCUCUUCGGGAUGUAUGCAGAGCUGAAAUCCCAGAAGAUCAAAAUCCCUUCUGAGAUGGCCACCAACCUCAUGAUCCUACACAGCUACAUCCUAGUUAAGAUUCACGUGAAGAAUGGUGAUCACAUGAAAGGCGCGCGCAUGCUUAUCCGGGUGGCCAACAACAUCAGCAAAUUCCCGUCACACAUUGUUCCCAUCCUGACGUCAACUGUGAUCGAGUGCCACAGAGCAGGCCUGAAGAACUCUGCCUUCAGCUUCGCAGCCAUGUUGAUGAGGCCCGAGUACCGCAACAAAAUAGAUGCCAAAUACAAAAAGAAGAUCGAAGCAAUGGUCAGGAGACCUGAUACAUCAGAAACAGAGGAAGCCACAACCCCAUGUCCAUUCUGUGCAUUUCUCCUCCCAGAGUGUGAACUCCUCUGUCCUGGAUGUAAAAAUAACAUCCCGUAUUGCAUCGCAACUGGUAGACACAUGUUGAAGGACGACUGGACAGUGUGUCCACACUGCAGCUUCCCUGCUCUGUACUCAGAACUGAAGAUCAUGCUGAACACUGAAAGCACAUGCCCGAUGUGUUCAGAGAGAUUAAACGUUACGCAACUGAAAAAAAUCUCAGACUGUACCCAGUACCUGCGAACGGAGGUGGAGCAGUGAAGCGCUCGUGCAGAUAUAAUGUUCCUGAGAAGAAAGCAUUUUUACAGAAGGUUGAGUUCCUACCCUGGUGAAUUCAGAGAUGGUCCAUCCUGGAUACAGAAAAAUAAACAUGGCCCCUCCAGGUCACCACUAUCAACUUCUGGAAAAUGCAAAACAGUGACAUAUAACCUCACUUGCUUAUUGUACUUUGUAUAUUUUCCUCUUGCACUGUUAAUAGUAACCUAUGACAUAACUGUAAAUAUUCAGCAUUAUAACUUU